AUGGCAGGAGUUGCACCUAAGGGUUCUCAGUUUGAUGCUAAACAAUUUGAUACCAAAAUGAAUGAGUUACUCACCACCGAAGGACAGGACUUCUACACCUUUUAUGAGGAGGUUUUUGAAAGUUUUAAUUCAAUGGGCUUGCAAGAGAACCUUCUCAGAGGCAUUUACGCAUAUGGUUUUGAGAAGCCAUCAGCUAUUCAGCAACAUGGAAUAGUUCCAUUUUGCAAGGGACUUGAUGUUAUACAACAAGCUCAGUCUGGAACAGGGAAGACUGCGGUUCUGUCUGAGAUAGAGCUUUUGAUUAUCAAAGUCAAGGUUUCCACUACACCCGAUGGCAAAGUGUUGGAUCUGUUUUUUUAUCAUAGAUACCAGAGAUCUUCUACAUACAAAGACGAGAAAGGAUGA